AUGAUCGUCAUUCCUCUUCCCUCCAUGCCGGGCAUCCGCCUCCCGGCAGAAGACCCCUCGCCCAACGCCCGCGGUGCGUUGCGCGAUGAUCUCCGACCCGCCGCUGGCCCAGCCUCUGGCACCCGGUCGCGAUCCAGCUCCUUUGCUGCCGAUGACCAGUCCAGGUCCACCGGCUCCUCUAGGUCCAACUCUCGCCGCUCGACGCCCAGGGCCAACAGCGCCGCCUUUGCCAAAGGAGCGCACCAUCCUGCCCCCACCGUCGACCCCAUCACGGGCGUCGAGCUCGACUCGCCCCACGAGGAUCCGCGCGCACUCAAGUACGAGCUGCCCUCCGACAUCCCUGUGCCGUCGUUCGGCAAGAGGACAAAGGACCUCGAGCGCGACCUCGGGCGCCUCUACGAGGCCGUCGCCGGCGCUCGCCGCAUCGCCGUCAUCUGCGGCGCGGGCAUCUCGGUCUCGUCGCCCGCCAACAUCCCCGACUUCCGCUCCGCCACCGGCCUCUUCAAGAGGCUCAAGGAGCAGCACCCCACCGCCGGCCUCUCGAGCGGCAAGGACCUCUUUGACGCGCGCCUCUUUAGCUCCGAGUCGACCUCGGCCCUCUUCUACUCGAUGAUUGCCGAGCUCAAGGGCCUCGCAGACCAGGCGCAGCCCACCAUCUUCCACCGCUUCCUUAAGCGCCUUGACGAAGAGGGCCGCCUGCAGCGCGUCUACACGCAAAACAUCGACGGCCUCGAGCAAAAGGCGGGCCUCACCUUUGGCCUCGGCGAGACUGGCGACAGCACCUCGACGUUCCGCGCGCUGGGCAAGAGGAAGCGCCAGGGCGGAGGCGCCGCGGGUGCGGGCGGAUGGUCGCGCUCCAAGUCCGACUCGGCCCUGCUCGCCUCGAAGCGCGAAGAGGGCGAGCCCAUGUUCCCGCGCACCAUCCCACUCCACGGCACUCUCCAGACGCUCACCUGCGCCCUCUGCUCGCACAAGGUCAUCAUGGGCGACACAACCCAGGCCGACGUCGUGCAGCCCGACAGGGAGCCCACCGAGCUCAUCACGGCGUUCACGCCCCAGGAGACCCUCGACGCGCUCGAGCUGCUCAAGCAGGGCGAGGCGGUGCCGUGCCCCAAGUGCACCACCGAGGACGAGGUGCGCCAGGUCGCCGGGCUCCGCUCGCGUGGCGUCGGCCGCAUGAAGACCGACGUCGUCCUCUACGGCGGCCAGAACGAGGGCGCAGAGCGCGUCGGCGAGUGCCUGCAGCGUGAUAUCCUCGGCCUGCGCGACCCAUUCGAGACCGCCGUGCCCGAGAGCCUGCGCGAGAUCCGCGCCCGCGAGCGCAAGGAGAAGCGGGAGGCCGACAAGCGCAUGCAGGACGAGGAAAAGGCGCGUGCCGCCGCCGCCGCCGCCGCUGCCCGCGAGGCCGUCAAGGCGGAGGGUACGGACGACUCGUUCGAUGCCGCGCUCGUUGAGACUCAGCUGGGCGGCGAGGCCGAUCCGGACACGUCGAUCUGCGACGUCUCGAUGGACAAGGACGACAUCCUCGCUCGCGCCUUUGAGGAGGACGACGAGCCAAAGGACGAGCGAAAGCCUGUCGGGCUGGCGCCGAUCGCCGAGGAUGCCUCGGUCAAGUUCGAGGAGCCAGCCAAGCCCGCCCGUCCCCAGCGUGCGCCGCGCGCCGCGCGCCUCAAGCCGCUGCCGCCGGAUCUGCUCAUCGUGGCCGGCACGAGCCUCAAGGUCCCCGGCACCAAGCGCAUCGUGCGCGAGUUUGCCAAGGCCUGCCACGCCCGCGACACGCGCUACUACCACACCGACUCGAACGAUGACGAGGAUGAUGACAACGACGAAGGCGACGGCGAUGACGAGGGCAAGCCGGGCAAGGGCAAGGGCCGACGCCGCACGCGCUCCCGGAGCGCUUCGGCGGACAAGGAAGGCGCUGCCGGGGCGGGGGGCCAGGACUCGGAUGAGGACGACGACGACGACGACGACCCCAACGCGCCGAUCCGCACCAUCCUCCUGAACUACGACUUCCCCGUGCCCGCGGCCCAGUGGGAGGACGUGUUCGACGUCUGGGUGCAGGGCGACCUGCAGCGAGCCGCGCUUGGCGUCUUUCCGCCCCGCGAGGUCGUUCCCGGGGCCAGCGUCGUACAGCGUGAGAUCGAGAGCGUCUGCUCGCAGUACUCAUGGCAGGCGCUCAAGAUGGCGCUCGACGAGCAGCGGGCGAUGUCGAAGAAGAAGGGGCGCAAGGGUGCGACGGCGAGGGGCUCGGCCUCGAUGUCGAGGAGCGUCUCGAGGGACGACGGCGAUGUCCUGAACGGCACCGCCCCUGCUUCCCGGGCGUUCCCCGGCCGCGCAUCGGGUCGGACCUGGGGCCGCAGCCAGUCAGAGUCGGUCAUCAAGCGGCAGCGGGCCUCGGAGAUUGGCGAGGCUUCAAAGCCGACGGCGGCGGCCGCCAAGGGCAGAGCGGGCAGCAUGAAGCGGACGACGUCGAAGAAGUCUGCGCCGACAUCUGCUGCGGCCGCUACUGCCACCGCGGCGUCGACCAAAGCGGAUGCCCGGGCCAAUGCCAAAGACAACAGUAAGGGCAACGGCGACGGCAACGGCAAGGGCGGCUCGGGAAAAGGUAGAGGCGGUGUCGGGCAGAAGGGUGCUCGUACAGCGACGACGACGACGAUCAGCAGCGGCCGCAGAGGCUCCGCCGGCGUGGCAGCAGCAUCAGCGGCAGCGGUCGACAGCGACUCGGGCUUGAGCGACCUGAGCAGCGUGAGCGGCCACCAUGCCGCUUCGACCGGGUUCAUUGCCAGCUGCAGCCGCAGCGGCGGCAAGCGCCUCGAGCGCGAGAAGCUGGUCGCCGUCGUCGUCACGAGCUCCACGGCACCGCCUACGCCUCCACCUUCAAUGCCCAGCGCAGAGAGCACACCCGAGCCCUCCGAAUCGCCGUCGUCGUUGUUGCAGCAGCAGAGGCAGCAGCAGCACUGCACUCCCAAGCAGCCCAGGAGCUCGCUGGGUCGCUUCGUCAAGAGCCCCGCUGCCGAUGCCGAUGUUGAUGCGGCGGUGGCGGACGGCACCCAGGCUGAUGGCCUCCCGUCGCUGCCGACAAAGAGGACCUUGACGCGCACCCGCUCCCGAGGUGCGCGCUGA